GAAGAAAUCAUCAUUUACAACACACACUUGAGGAGAUACUGGAGGAAACACGGAGGAUGAGGGUGUUUCCCGGUGGGCAGGAUGAAGAGUUCGCCAGCUAACCGCAGUCGGGACAUCGAGCGGCAGGCUGGAUAUCUGCAGCCGGAGCACUGCGCGCCGCCUCCUCCACGCGCACACUCGGCCCACGACAUGUGGUUCAUACGGGACGGCUGCGGCAUUGUGUGUGCCGUCAUCACGUGGCUGCUGGUGCUCUACGCCGAGUUCGUUGUGGUGUUCGUGAUGCUGCUGCCGGCCAGGAGUUUGCUGUACAGCUUCAUUAAUGGAGCCCUGUUCAACAGCCUGGCCUUCCUCGCGCUGGCCUCACACCUCAGAGCCAUGUGCACCGACCCCGGAGCCGUUCCAAAGGGAAACGCCACUAAAGAGUUCAUCGAGAGUCUGCAGCUUAAGCCAGGGCAGGUGGUGUAUAAAUGCCCCAAAUGCUGCAGCAUCAAACCUGACCGAGCACAUCACUGCAGUGUGUGUAAGCGCUGCAUCAAGAAGAUGGACCAUCACUGUCCCUGGGUCAACAACUGUGUGGGGGAAAACAACCAAAAAUACUUUGUGCUUUUCACCAUGUACAUCGCUCUGAUCUCUCUUCACGCUCUCCUCAUGGUGGCUUUCCACUUCGUCUUCUGUUUUGAAGAAGACUGGGCCAAGUGCAGUUCCUUCUCUCCGCCGGCGACCGUCAUCCUCCUCAUCCUGCUGUGCUUCGAGGCUCUGCUCUUCCUCAUCUUCACCGCCGUCAUGUUCGGCACGCAGGUUCACUCCAUCUGCAACGACGAGACCGGCAUCGAGCAGCUGAAGAAGGAGGAGCGCCGCUGGGCAAAGAGGUCUAAGUGGAUGAACAUGAAGGUGGUCUUCGGGCACCCGUUCUCCAUGUCCUGGAUGAGUCCCUUCGCCACGCCGGACCACGGCAAGGCAAACCUCUACCAGUACGUGGUCUGACACUGACCCCAGACCACACACACACUCACACACACACACACUCCUGCACUGUGAACCACUGACAGCACGUUUCUCUGAGACGGAGAUUUCUGAGGCCUUGACCGCGAGACUUUCUGAGCGCACCAGCCCGACUCAAUCACUCCAGUGUGUCUGAUCACGAACGCCUUCGUCACGUCUGCUGCUUACUCUCCUCGAUCACCGAGCGCUCGCUUCACAUGCACACUAAUAUGCCCCUCUGAGCUAGAGUUUCAUCUGGUUUCCACUGCACAAACGAUUCUUGAUUGAUGCAUUUGUUGAACAAGUAAAACAUUUUCAGAAAGAAAGCAUCAGAAUAGAGUCAGCUUUUCAUUAAAACAAGCAAAAUAAUCUGUCAGUGGAGCAAGAAACAUAAUGAAAAGUGACAAUAACAUUAUUCUGCUUGCCCCAUCAGUGGAUUAUUUAGCUUGUUUUAAUGCAAGACUCCCUUCAUUUGACUCAUUAUUAAUGAAUGCAAUGCAAUGCUUCUUAAUCUAAGAGUUUUUCGAUAUUUGGACCAGAAACGAGACUAAACUCUAAGUAAGACGGGCGUUUUCGCAGUGUUCAGUGACGGAUCUUUUUCGUUGCCAAAUUUGAUUCCUCUCAGGAAAGAGAGAAGCUGGAGAGUCUGCAGUAGCACAGGAUUUCUCUUCAUCUCCUGCUCAUGAAUGAGUGGAUAUUAUAAAGUCAUAUUACACACCAAAAUCUGCUUUUCGUUUGUCAAUUGUGGCACUAUUUGCUUGAUGUUCCUCAAAUUAAAUAGUGUAUUUUACCAAAACAACAAUUCAGUAAUAUUGAUGCUGGAUUCUCUCGACUUUAGGAGGCUGUUUUAAAGGGCACCUAGGUCACCCCUUUUUUUGAUAUUUAAUUGAAGUCUUUUGUGUCCCCAGAAUGUGUCUAAAGUUUCAGCUCAAAACAGCCAUCAGAGUAUUUAUUUUAGCUGUCUGAAGUGUCUGUAUUAUAGCUGGGAAAGGGUUGUUGCUGUAUUUUUGCACUGGGCCUUUAAGGCGAGUCAUCCCCGCCCACCGUUCCCACGUGCCUAUCAGCAACGUGCCUCAAUCGCCGUAAUUUCCAUAGAAAAUGAACAUUUUUCUAAGCCUCUUUUGUUUAUGUUGAGAUAUUUCACAUUAAAGACCGGGAAAAGGACUUAUUCUUUGCCAUAAAAGUCAAAUUACUGAACAUACACACUGCAGCCUGAUAAAAAUACUAAUUUUAGAGGAAAAUUUCAGACGACAUUUAGAGGUGUUUGCAUCUGAACUCUUCAUAUACACACACACACACACACACACACACACACAUUUCUCAGUACUUUUAAAGACAUUUUUACUGAAUUGCAUUCAAACAUACAAAUAUAAAUACAUAUAUAUAUAAUAAUUGUCAUUGUCUUUCAAAUAAUGCCUGUGAAAUUGUGUCUUUCAGUAUGAUGUCUUAAUAUUUUCUGUUGAUCUUUAUUUGUUUUUGUAAUAUGAAUUAUAUUCAAUUAUAGUUUUCAUUACUGAUUACACAAUUUUAUUCAGACAAAUCUGCAAAUCGACAUGACAAUAAAUGCUGAUGUUUGCGUGUGUACAUGUCUGUGUAUAUACAGUUGAAGUCAGAAUUAUUCGCCCCCUGUUUAUUUUUUCCCCCAAUUUCUGUUUAAUGGAGAGCAGAUUUCUUCAGCACAUUUCUAAUCAUAAUAGCUUUAUUAACUCAUUUCUAAUAACUGAUUUAUUUUCUCUUUGCCAUGAUGACAGUAAAUAAUAUUUAACUAGAUAUUCGUCGAGACACUUCUAUACAGCUUAAAGAGACAUUUAAAGGCUUAACUAGGUUAAUUAGGGUAACUAGGCAGGUUAGGGUAAUUAGGCAAGUUAUUGUAUAACAGUGGUUUGUUCUGUAGACUAUUCAUUUUCUUGUCGGCUUAGUCCCUUUAUUAAUCCGGGGUCGCCACAGCGGAAUGAACCGCCAACUUAUCCAGCAAGUUUUUACACAGCAGAUGCCCUUCCAGCUGCAACCCAUCACUGGGAAAGUUCUGUAGACUAUCAGAAAUAAAUAGAGCUUAAAGGGGCUAAUAAUAUUGACCUUAAAAUGGUGUUUGAAAAAAUUAAAAACUGCUUUUAUUCUAGCCGAAACAAAACAAAUAAGACUUUCUCCAGAAGAACAAAUAUUAUCAGACAUACUGUGAACAUUUCCUUGCUGUUAAACAUAAUUUGGGAAACAUUUUAAAAAUAAAAUUUAAAGGGGGAAGGGGCUAAUAAUUCUGACUUCAACUGUGUGUAUAUAUAUACACAAACACACACACACACACACACACACACACACACACACACUGUAUGAAAUGCUGAGCUCCACACAAUUCCUUCAUGUUGUCAACACAACACAAAUAGAUUCAGUUAACUUAACUUAAUUGUCUUUACAAAUUGAAGGCUCAAUGAUAAGCACUGUGGCCUCACAGCAAGAAGGUCGCUAAUUCAAGCCUCGGCUUGGCCAGUUGGCAUUUCUGUGUGGAGUUUGCAUGUUCUCCCUGUGUUGGUGUGGGUUUCCUCGGAGUGCUCUGGUUUCCCCCACAGUCCAAACACAUGCGCUAUAGGGGAAUUGAUCAACUAAACUGGCCGUAGUGUAUGAGUGUGUGUGUGUGUGGGUGUUUCCCAGUACUGGGUUGCAGUUUGAAGGGCAUCCGCUGUGUAAAAUCAUAAGCUGGAAUUGUUGGCAGUUCAUUCCACUCAUUCAUAAAACAAUGAAGUUGUCCAAAAAAAAA